AUUUCUUGUAAUAAUUACAAAAAUGAAAGUUUCUGUAAUUUUAUACUUAUUGAAACUGAAAGUACUUAUACUUUUGGUACAUUCUUGCAAAGGACAAUUUUGGCCAGAAUAUAAUUCUUUCAAUGAAACAGGAAUCGAUCGUGUUUUUUCUUGUUCAACAAAUAAAAAGUGUAUUAAACUGCACAAUUGUCCAGAAUUAUUGAAUUUGAUGCAACAACAAGCACUUCCAGUUUCCAGAUUACGAUCCUCAAUUUGUGGAUACACUGAAUCAAGCCUCAAAGUAUGUUGUGAUCCACUUGCACGUUCCGUUGAUGCAAUUUCUGAUCCGGAAUCAUCUCCAUAUCCGGUCUGGAAUCUUCAAUGUGGGCAGACUUUAAUUAAAAGCAAUGUAGAAACUUUAGGAAGUUAUCCAUUCGUCGUUCUCGUUAGUUUCGUCAAUAAUGCAAACAGAGCCGUAAUUUAUCCCUGUCUUGGUACAAUAAUAAAUGAAAGAAGCAUUCUGACAACAGCAACUUGUGCAUUAGCAAAUUAUGGAAAUUUCCAACUGCACUCGGUGGUGGUUGGGGAUUUCGACAUUUCAAUGGAUCCUGAUUGCAAUGCAUUAUUUUGUAGCCACAAGGCUCGACAUUAUCCAAUUUCGUACGUUAUUAAAUAUCCGAGCUUUGAAUCAACAACUUACACAAAUAAUAUUGCUCUUUUACGUCUAACGACUUCUAUCGAAUUUACUGUGACAGCACAACCGAUAUGUCUUCCACCUGCCGAAUUCAUUGUCAGGGAAGGAAAAUUAGGCACCGUCGUUGGAUGGGAAAAAUUGUCUUUCCAAAGAGAUAUGUCUUCAACUCAGCAAAUAUUGAGAAUGAAAUUAAUGCCUUUGGAAGAGUGUUCACAAUAUACAAAACGUGGAUUAUCAGUUGAACUCUGUGCGAGGGGAGAAGAGCCAUGUUCCGGUUUCAGUGGUGCUCCAUUUUUCAGCCGUGAAGGCGAUAAUUAUUUUCUGAUUGGUAUUGUAUCCCACGGAUCAGAUUGUGAGGAUCAAACAAGUGAUCCUACAGUCUUUGUUGACGUUCAAAAAUAUACUGAUUGGAUUAGAAACAACUUUUAAAAAAAUAAGUCUUCUAAACUGAUUUUGAACAAAAAAAAUAAUAUGUAAUAAUAAUCCAAACAACCGAAACAUCAAAAUAAAAUAAUAAGUUUAAAGUAAGUGAAAUUAAUACUGGAGGAUUAAUUAACAUCGAAUAUUUAGAUUAUA